GCAUCCUCCAGAAUCUCUGGCAGACCACAGCAGCACCUCCUCUGCGAUGUGACAACAUCUCCAUCGCUUCUGUCGCUUCCACAACCAGCGCGUCUCAAACUCUCCUCCUUUUCCCGGAGGGGGUUCUGCAGCGGUUCUACAGCAGUUCUGCAGCGGUUCUGCUCCGGUCCUGCUCCGAUUCUGCAGCGGUUCGGCACCGGCUUCUCCUCCUCAGCUCCGCGCACAUCUCCAGUCGUGACAGAACCGUCGCUCCUGUUUAACAUUCCGCGGCUGAACUGGGUCCGGUUCUGCGCGGGUUCUGGGAACAAGGAUUGGACCAAGUUUAAAGAGAGGAGCCUGACCAUGACAGCCACGAAGGAGCAGCAGAACCAGAGACCGAACCAGCCGCAGCAGGACGAGGACCUGGGCGGGGUCAGUCCUCCUCAGAGGAACUGGAAGGGCAUCGCCAUCGCCCUGCUGGUCAUCCUGGUGGUCUGCUCCCUCAUCACCAUGUCAGUCAUCCUCCUCACACCAGCCGACAGCCAAGCUGGAAGCGACGCCAAGCUGACCGUGGAGGAUUUGUUCAAACCUGAGUUCAAGGUGCACGACCCGGAGGCCAAAUGGAUCAACGAUUCUGAAGUCAUCUACAGGAACAGCGACGGCCACGUCAUCAAGUUCAACCUUCUGACCAACGAGACGGAGAUCAUCCUGACCAACACCACCUUUGUGAACUUCAACGUGGCCAAGUACUCGGUGUCUCCUGAUCUGAAAUAUGUGCUCUUCGCCUACGAUGUCAAACAGGUUUACCGCCACUCCUACAUGGCCUCCUACAGCAUCUACAACAUCCACACACGGGAGGUCUGGGAGCUGGACCCUCCAGAGGUGGUGAACUCAGUCCUGCAGUACGCUGCGUGGGGAGUCUCUGGCCAACAACUGCUCUACAUAUUUGAAAACAACAUCUACUACCGCUCUCACGUGAAGAGCAACUCCCUGCGGCUGACGUCUUCAGGAAAGGAAGGCGUGAUCUUCAACGGCCUCGCUGAUUGGCUGUAUGAAGAGGAGAUCCUGCAGAACCACGUGGCCCACUGGUGGUCUCCUGAUGGCGAGAGGUUGGCCUUCCUGGUCCUCAACGACACUCAGGUCCCCAUCAUGGUUUUACCUCGCUUCACCGGCACAACGUACCCAAAACAGAAGCAGUACCGCUACCCCAAGGCCGGCCAGCCCAACCCGGUGGUGAAGCUCUUCGUCGUGAACAUUUACGGGCCGACCCACACGCUGGAGCUGAUGCCUCCAGAGACGCUGAAGCUGCGGGAACAUUAUGUGACCAUGGUGAAGUGGAUCAGCAAGACCAGGACGGCGGUGCGCUGGCUGAACCGGGCCCAGAACGUCUCCAUCCUGACCGUGUGUGACACCACCACCGGAGCCUGCGUUACGAGACACGAGGAAAGCUCCGAGCUCUGGCUCUCCAAGCAGAACCAGGAACCCGUGUUCUCCAAGGACGGGAACCGAUUCUUUCUGACGGUGCCGGUGAAACAGGGAGGACGGGGAGAGUUUCAUCACAUCGCCAUGUUCACCACACAGUUCAGAGCGGAUCAGAACGAGGUGCGACACCUGACCUCAGGUAACUGGGAGGUGACCCGGAUCCUGGCCUACGACGAGAACACCGAUGACCUUUAUUUCCUGAGUACAGAGGGGUCGCCACGAAGACGGCAGCUUUACAGCGUUAAAACUGUGGGUCUGUUCCCACGAAGGUGUCUCACCUGUGAGCUCAGCAAAGCCCACUGCCUGUACUUCAGCGCCGACAUCAGCCCGUCCACCCAGCACGUUCUGCUCCACUGCAAAGGUCCAGGAGCGCCGACCGUCAUCUUACACAGCCUCAAUAACUCAAAUUACUACAUCCUGGAGAACAACUCGCUGCUGAAGGCGGUUCUGAAGUACAAGCGGAUCCAGCUGACGGACUACAGAACCGUUCCAGUAGAACACUUUGAUCUACCGCUGCAGAUUUCUUAUCCGCUGGACUUCUCAGAGUCCCGUCACUACGGCCUGCUGCUGAUGAUUGACAGCGCCCCCGGUGGCCAGGCUGUGAGCGACCGCUUCUCUCUGGGCUGGGACUCGGUGCUGGUGAGUUCUGACAGCGUCAUCGUGGCCCGCCUGGACGGCCGGGGCAGCGGCUUCCAGGGCCAGAGGAUCCUGCAGGAAGUCCAUCAGAGGCUGGGGACGGUGGACGUCCAGGACCAGAUCGCCGCGGUGGAAUACAUGAUGAAGUUUCCGUACAUAGACCGGACACGGAUAGCCGUGUUUGGAAAGGGUUACGGAGCCUACCUGACGCUGAUGAUGCUCAGGUCCACUGACGGCCUCUUCAAAUGCGCCGGCGCCGUUUCGCCGGUGACAGACUGGAAACUCUACGCGUCGGCGUUCUCUGAGCGCUACCUGGGCAUGCCGUUACGGGACGACAGCAGGUACCAGUUCUCCAGCCUGCUGCAGAACGCCCAGGCUCUCCGGGAGCAGACGCUGAUGCUGGUGCACGCCACAGCAGACGCCAACAUUCACUUCCAGCACACUGCUGAGCUCGUCAAGAACCUGGUGAAAGUGGGAGCCAACUACUCCAUGCAGAUCUACCCUGACGAAGGCCACUUCCUGUCGCUGCCCAGCCGCCAGCACCUGUUCGCCACGCUGAGCAGCUUCUACAGGGAGUGUCUAAAGGAGGAGCUGCAGCCGCUGCCCGACGAAGAGGAGGAGGAGGAGGAGUAAGCGUUCCCUGAAUCCCUCCAAGCCUCCAGAGUUUGGACCGCGUGUUUAGCCAGAAACGGACGCAGUGACGGAGCUGCUGGACUCCCUCCGGUUUGGAUGAGCACUUUGUUGUGUGAAUGUAUAAAUAUGUUGAAGGACGCCACAGAGACACCGCUGGGCCUCCAGCACCAACUUCUUCUAGUCCUGGGAAGCUCACGUUCUCAGCAAAGCACACGGAAAACUUCCUACGUUUGUUCCAGGUUCUUCAGACUGCAGCCACCCGACCCGACCCGACCCGGUGCCCCGCCCCCAGGGAGUCUCUGGGCGGCGCCGGGCCUCAGCAUCAGCACCGACUCCAUCACUGUACAUCCUUCCCAGCAGCACAUCCACGCUCCGCCUGCAGAGGGCGAGCUCCAGCAGACCCAACCACGCAGGUUCUGUUGGACCUUCAAGGCCCGCAGAACCGGGCUGGGCCACUCCUCGACUUUUACUUUCCUUAUUCUAGAAAUGGACCAGAAUACGUUUCCUGGACUGAAGCAGCAAAUCCUAAAUGUGUCGUUCUGACCCGCAUGGUCCGACAGGAGAAGACGAGUCCAGCUCCAGAACCGAAGGUCCAGUUCAGCUGUCCGACUUAGCCUGUAGCUACAGAGACCAGCAGUGACCCUGACAGCUAAUAAUAAUAAUAAUAAUAAUAAUAAUAAUAAUAAUAAUAAUAAACCACAGACUCUCCAGUUGGGCCACAGAUGUAAAUCUUCACAGAAAUCUUUAUCCAUUAAUAUGUUGAAAUGAUAUUAAGGUUUUAUUUGUCAUUAUUCUACAUUUAAGUAGUUUAUGAAGGUUGAAUAUAAAGGGAAAAUUAAUUUUUUUGUUGUUUUGAACUUUAAAUAGUUUUAAUUCCCUGAUUUCAACCCUGACCUAAAUAACAGUAAAGAUCCUUUUCUGCCUAACGAGCUUUAGAUCGGCGCCGCCGCAGGUUUUAGGAAGUUAAAGCUGCAGAACGCCAUGACUGGCAGGAACCACACAUCUGCCGGGUCCGACGGACCUUCAGAACCGGGUGUGUUGGAGGAGGAGAGCUGCUGGAGCGUCAUGGCAGCAUCGCUGAUGAUGGAGCCGGCGUUACGUUCAGAACCUCCUUUACAGUCAGUAGAUACGGAUCAUGACCCGGACGAGAGGAUCCGGAUCCAAUCAGCCAAAUUUAGAGCCGCUGUGGAUUUUGUCCAGGUGAGCAGCGAACUGGGUCGACCUCUGUUUUGGACCGGGACCAGUUGAAGUAACGUCUCCUGUUGGAUGAUGCUGAGGGACAGCCGUGAGGUUUGAUGUUGUCACCCUGAUGUCAGAGGCAGGAUUUAAAUUAAUUAAUCUCCUGGACUUUUACAAGAGAACCCGGUCAGAACCAGCCACUAGAACCACAGAGACCGGUUCCGUUACGUUCUCCAUCCCAGUUACAAGACAGGGAACUUCCCUGCCGGCUGGAAAAACUCCACCUGGAGCAGCAGGUCAUUAGCUUUGCAGCAAGCACGCGGCGACAGUAGACAGGAAGAGCAGGAGGAAACCUCUGGGUCGUUAGUGAAGGGCUGAGAACCGAUGUUAAAAACUGCAUUUAGAACCGUGAUCAGAGCAGCUAACCUGGACCCUCCGUAGUCUCAGCACACCUGAACACGCAGCGUCAGGUGACUGACAGCCAAUCACACGCCGUCUUCUGCUCUGACGGGCCUGGAGGCUCAGAACGGGUCAGAACAGGUCAGAACAGGUCAGAAUAAGUCAGAACGGGUCAGAACAGGUCAGAACAGGUCAGAACGGGUCAGAAUAAGUCAGAACGGGUCAGAACGGGUCAGAACGGGUCAGGACGGGUCAGAACGGGUCCAGAUAACAAACCUGAGUAGGUGCGGGCCGAGCUGCCGGGUCCAGGCUGUGAUUUCUCAUUUCCACUGCCACAGACGCUUUAAUCUUCACGUCUCUCUGUUUAUUAGUCAUUAAAAGUCAAAGAUCACGUCCAGCUGGUCAGAGGACAGCAGAACCACAGCGGCUCCAGCUGCUGGUACCGAGCCAGGUCAGCGCGCCCCACAACCCAAACCAGUAAAAUCCAGACUGUCCCUUUAACCCGUGACCAACUCAGGCCCUCCAGAGCUCAGCAGCCGCUUUAAAACAACAGGAAGCAGAGAUCAUGGUGCGCUUUAAUCGUUUAAUCAGGUCUGGGCCGCGCUGCAAAGCUUCUCCGCCUUCAUUCCAGUUUAAAACCAGGAAAUCCGGUUCUGGAGCUUCGGGCCAGGCUGACGACACGUUUGCGAGUAAAACAGAGAAUUAUUCAGAGGAAGAGUCUCAGUGGCAGUUCUGGUCUUUGCAUGCCUUCUACAGGGAAAUGUCGAGAGUUGCCACAUUUUGUACAGUACAAUACAGCAGAGUGUGUACAUAAAUCUAUUUUUAAGACUUCACCUCUCAUAGAAAGUUUAGUCUAUGAGGAUGGGUUGAUUUCUCCUGGAUUUCUUGUAUAUUUCUUAUUCAGUUGUUUCCUUUCAGCGGUUCAUUUUCCUCUUAGGAUGGAUUUUGUAAAGCUUGUUCUUGUUUUUGUUGCUGUUUAAAGUGGGAAGGGACGGGUUCUGGUUCUGAUUCUGGGAUUAUUGUGACUGUCCUCUAGUGAUUAUUAAUAAAGAAAAACAGAAAGAAA